AAGCCCCGGUGCAUAGAAAGGACCAUAUAUAUGCAUAAGAGUGGCCUGGGCAGCGGGUUUUGGAACUGCAUCAGGAUUAGACCCUGUCCAGCUGCUUAAAGAAGCAAGAUCUCCUGUGCAGGAGCAACAGAGAGCAUCCAGGAAGAUCGUAUCCACUCUUUGCUAUGUCUCUGUGGCCACCUUGGCGGGGACGAAGCAAGCUAGGGGAGAAGGACCCGAUGGGAGGUCCUUCACAGCUUCCCAAGCAGGACUAUGAGGCCCUGCAGGAAAGGUGCCUGAGGAAUGGCUGCCUCUUUGAAGACAGCAGCUUCCCGGCCACCCUGAGCUCCAUCGGCAGGGGGCCCCUGCUGCAGAAGCUGCCACCCCGUCUGCAGUGGAGGAGGCCACCGGAACUGCACAGCAACCCCCUCUUCUAUGUUGCCAACACCCGAAGGCUGGAUCUGUGCCAGGGAUUGGUAGGUGACUGCUGGCUCUUGGCUGCUCUGCAAGCUCUGACUUUGCACCAGGACAUCCUGAGCCAGGUUGUUCCCCUGAAUCAGAGUUUCACCGAGAAUUACGCUGGCAUCUUCCAGUUCUGGUUCUGGCACUUUGGGAAGUGGGUUCCUGUGGUGAUAGAUGACCUACUGCCCGUGGAUGAAGCUGGUCAGCUGGUCUUCGUCUCUUCCACCUAUAAGAACUUGUUCUGGGGGGCUCUUCUGGAAAAAGCUUAUGCGAAGCUCUGUGGCUCCUAUGAAGACUUGCAGCUUGGACAGGUGUCUGAUGCCUUGUUGGACUUCACCGGUGGGGUGACAAUCACCAUCAACCUGGCAGAAGCCCCUGGAAACCUCUGGGACAUCCUAACCCGAGCCACCUACAGCAAAACUCUUAUCGGCUGCCAGACCCACGCAGGGGAAGAGAGGAUGCUGGAGAAUGGGCUGGUGGACGGCCAUGCCUACACUGUCAUAAGAAUCUGGAAGGUGACCUGCAACCAUGAGCCUGAAUAUCUAGUCAAGCUGCGGAACCCCUGGGGGAAGGUGGAAUGGAAAGGAGACUGGAGUGACAGCUCAAGUACAUGGGACCUACUGAGCCCCAAGGAGAAGAUUGUGCUGUGGAGAAAAGAUAAUGAUGGAGAAUUUUGGAUGACGCUUAAGGACUUUAAAACACACUUCAAGCUUCUGGUCAUCUGUAAACUGACCCCAGGCCUGCUGAGUCACGAAGUAGGCCAGAAGUGGUCAUACACCAUGCAGGAGGGGAGAUGGGAGAAGGGAACCACAGCUGGUGGCCCCAUAAAUUUGCACCAAGCCCGGGACACAUUUUGGAAGAACCCGCAGUUCCUGCUGUCCGUCUGGAGGCCAAAGGAGAGCAGGACGUUGCUGAUGCCCUGCAGCGUGCUGGUGUCCCUGAUCCAGAAGCCCAGGCACAGGCACCGCAACCGGAAGCUUCCCCUGGCCAUCGGCUUCUACCUCUUCAGGAUGAGCCAGUUAUCUGAUGACCAGAGGAAACUGCCCCCUGAGUUCUUCUUGAGAAAUCACCCCCUGGUCCUUCCCGAGGUGUUUCGCUCAGAAAAAGAAGUGAGUCGGGAGUUGUGGCUGGAGCCAGGGACGUACCUCAUCGUGCCCUGCACAUCGAAGGCUGGCCAGGAGUCGGAGUUCAUCCUCAGAGUCUUCUCCAAGAAGCACUUGUUCCAUGAAAUUGGCAGCAAUCCCAAAACUGUCUUCUUUAAGGAAAUAGUAGACCAGGCGGAAGGGCAUGAGAAAUUCUUCAAAUACUUUGAAAGGAAUCCAGAGAUAAAUGCAGCUGAACUGCAGAAGAUCCUGAACCACCUGCCCUGGUCCGGUUUGGGGAGCACACAUCCCCUCUUCAGCCUCGAUGCCUGCCAGGGGAUCCUGGCUCUACUGGAUCUUAAUGCAUCUGGUACCGUGAGCAUCCAGGAAUUCAGGGACCUGUGGAAGCAGCUGAUUCACUAUCAGGUGGUUUUCCACAAGCAUGACAGUAACAGGUCAGGAUGCCUGAACUGGGGACAGCUGCGGGCUGCCAUGAAGAAUGCAGGAAUCGUGCUCAGCGAUGACGUCUGCUACCUGAUGCUCAUCCGCUACGGCGGCCCCAAGCUCCAGAUGGACUUUGUCAGCUUUGUCCACUUGAUGCUGCGUGCGGAGAAGAUGGAGAGUAUCUUCCAAAACUUAACCCAAGAUGGCAAAGGGAUAUACCUCCAGAAGCCAGAGUGGCUGCUGAUGACUAUGUACUCCUGAGAAGGCUGGAGCGCCACCUGCUCUCACUGAGGACUGUCCACAUGGCCCAUGGUGAUCAUGGGCCGAGACAGCUGAUACUCGACUCACUCACUGUUCCUCAGGACCAUGGGUCCAGCUGAGAAGACUUCUCUUCCAUAGAUCUCUCCUUUGGAUGAAUGGCCAUCGCGCAGAGCAGGGAGGGAGGGAGCAAGGGCUGCCUUGGAGUUGUAGAGACCAGCUCUUGUUCCCUAUGGCUACAACCUCAUCCCAAGCAGAGAUGUCACCUGAGGUGGCCUAAGCGAUAUGACUCCAGAGCUGUGUCUUGGCCCCUGUACCACACUGCCUCCAGGGCUGUCCAAUUUAAGUGACCUCAGACAUGCCGAGUGUCAUCACUCUUGGGGUAACUCUCUAGGUUUCCAGAUCUAAAGAGGAAAUGCUAUGUUCUUUGACAAACUGUGCCGACCUCUGUAAGUUGGUGGGGGCACAGGCUGAGCUCCAAGUGUUUGGGUGGGUCAGGGGUGGGGAUAUGCUGAACUUUCAAGAACACAGAAAAUAACAGAAUAGGUGGGGUUCAGGUGGGAUGGGCCGGCUCUGGCAUCUGAAGCCCCUGGGUGUCUUGUACAAUAUCUCCAGAUGAUCAGAUUUGAGGUAGGGGAGGACCAGUGGAUUUAAAACACCCGAGUUCUCAAAGGGCUUCCUGUAUGUGACAAGUGUCAGUCUGUUCACUUGAUUUACAGACUCUCAGGUCCACUUCACAUCAGUCCAGACACCCUCCCUGUACCUACGUCAAAGAAGAACCGCACACCCACGCCACAUCAUAGGGUCAAUCAGUGCAUGGCCGGUGUGCCUGCUUUUUUGAACUACGGUUUCCCCUCACUUUCAUUGCAGCCCCACCCACCCAGGGCCCCGGUGGAAAACCAGAACAAAGGCCCUUUUCCAAAGCCCAUACGUUUCACUCAGAGGUUAGCCUCUCACUGCCACCCAUGGAAAUUCGAUCUUCCUAAUUUACAAACUGUUCUAACAAACAUGGCUCUCUGGUCUCCUAGUCCUCAGCAGACUAAAAGAGAAGGCUGAAUGACAGGACAAAAGUGUGCCCACGGGCAGAACUCAAAGACGUUUGGAAACCCAAUAGACGGCCAGUGAUGGAGAAGGAGGGAGCACUUUCAAAGCAUGGCUUAGGGAGGCAGAACAGUACUUCAUUUAGAGAAAUCUUUAUUUCUUCCGAAUGAUAAAGUGUAAAAUGGUUUGCCAUAAAGUGCCAGAUACAUGAGGUAUUACUGAUUUUAUAAAUGAAAAUCAUGUAUUUAUAGUCUUUAAAAGAUUUUUAUGUCCAUUUAUUUAUCAGUAUCUCUGUUUUCAGAUCCUGCCAUUGUAAGUAGUUGUUUUCAUUAAAUAUUACUACUUUGGUUCAUGAA